AUGAGAACUGCACGAUCUGACCUCGCAGCAACGCAUUUUCGGGGAGCAAUCCUGGUCGCCGGUGGAAAGACUCUCAACGUGGUGGAGAUGUUCUCACCGCCAGACGCCGGGAACCCUCUCGGCCAGUGGACAAAGCUGGCCGACAUGAAGCAGCCUCGUCGCUUGUUCACUCUUCUCACCUCCUCCAACGCCGUUUUCGCUCUCGGUAAAACAACACACAAUAGAUUGACUUCUUUCCUUCUUUUCCUCUCUCUCAUGCCAUUCGUUUGCCUCAUCCGCCUAGCCAAUUUUACAAGGCACAUAAGCGUUAAAUCACCUGACAUGCCGUUGGAGGUUUUCCAUGCGCACUGCGCCAUUACAGCCAGAAGUGGUCGCCUUGCUGUGCAUACUGCCUAACCUCUUUGGUUACUAUUGGGAGAUGGCACCUAAAAAAUCCUCUCAACCAAAGGUGCCUGUCUUACGGGAUAGGUGGUAAGAGGGGGUUUUACGGGUGGGGCCUUCGGGAUGCGUGGAUAAAUGUGAAUAAUAGAAAGAUAUUUUUUAUGAAAUUUCCCUUUAAAUGAUAAAGUUUUACUUCAUCACUAUAUGGCAACGGAAGCCGGCGCGGUAAAUGAAAAGUAAAUAGCAGUGCCUUACACAUGUAUCAUUUUAAGCAACCCGGGGACCAAUUUAGCACCUGUGAUCAGAUAUCCAAGAAACCGUGACGAAUGGUAAACAAGUAGUAUUGGUCUGUUGGCUGUCGUUAUUAAUAGUUAGUGAACGUGUGUACCAUGACGUCUAACGCUAUGCGCUUGAGUACCUGUGAAGCACUUAUCGAGAGAAACGAAAUACCACAGUAAGUGAAUAAUUUAAUGGUAGGCAAAUUCUAAUGCGUUUUGGAUAAAUAACCAACGAUUGAAUAGUAUGUCCCAAAAUUUAAUACAUGUUUAGUAUAUUGCCAUAGCAAGGAAUAUGCAAUAAGGAUAUUUUUAAGAAAAGUAAAUCUAAUUUUUGUUUUAUAGUUUGGUAG